CACUUCACUGCACCUCGUACGGACUCAUUAAGGCAUACGACUUGGAAUAGCACACUAACUAUUCAAGCUCCAUCUUGGUGUUUGUGGUGGUGGUACAGCUUCACUCAACCGCACCGUACUCCAAGAAAUAGAGCUACGGAGCAAGAAUAGUAGAAUCUGAGACGAUGAGCUCUACUCAGGAUACGGUUGAAAAGAAGCGUUCUGUGCUCACACCUGACUCGCAGUCGUUGGAAAACGUCGACUCUGACCCCUCAAAACGCCCUAAAACAGCAUCCCCAAACGAAUCGCCGUCCCAUUCAGAUGAAGAUACACAUUCUAUCCAUACUGAUGUGUCCACCAUCAGUGGGCAGAUGGGUGAAGUCGAACUGAACAAGGAUGAAGACGAUGCAAGCAAAAAAAGCUUGCAGUAUGCAGACUCUCCGGAUGCAUACCCGUACCACAUCAAUGAUCCUCCCACAGAUCGUCCUGUUCGUGUGUAUGCCGACGGUGUGUUUGACUUGUUCCACGUCGGUCAUAUGCGCCAGUUAGAGCAAGCGAAAAAAGUGUUUCCCAAUGUUCAUCUCAUCGUCGGUAUUCCCAGCGACGAAUUGACACACAAACUGAAGGGUUUGACAGUGUUAUCGGACAAAGAACGUGCAGAGGCUCUAAGACACUGUAAAUGGGUGGACGAGGUCGUUGAAAAUGCUCCAUGGAUUAUUACUCCCGAGUUUUUGGAUGAACAUAAAAUUGAUUUUGUAGCUCACGAUGACAUCCCCUAUGCUAGUGUCGACAGCGGUGAUAUUUACGCACCUGUGAAAAAUUUGGGCAAGUUUAUUCCUACGAAAAGAACGGAGGGUGUUUCUACUUCGGACAUCAUCACUCGUAUUAUCCGGAACUAUGACCAGUACGUUCUUCGUAACUUGUCGCGCGGUAUCGAUCGCCGAGAGUUGAACGUUUCCUUGCUCAAAAAGAACGAACUUGACAUUCGCCGGCACAUCAAGUUACUCCGUGACACACUGCGUAGCCAUUGGGUUUCUACUACUCGUGACUUGCGUGCGGAUAUCAAGUCGUUUCUCUCGGUAGCGACGACUGACUAUCAAUUGCAACACACGCCUUUGCACGAGUCUUCAGCCCCUCCUAGUCCGGUUGGUGUCCGGAUCAUGAACGGCAUUAAUCGUUGGAUGCAACGUCGCGCCAGCAGUAAUAAUGACUUGCACAGUACAUCUCAGUCUGUUGCAUCUUCUGCUUCAGAAGAAGCUGCUCAUUGAGGAGGUGUGUUUCUGCCCGAGAGACAAUUUUUGAUUGUUGCUUGUUUUAUUUUUGAGACUCCUGCUCAUUCCGCCUGGCGGCGUGCACUCGCUUGUUCAUGAACUCACUUUUAUUAAUUUCUUGAGACACCACAAGCAGCGUAAAUCGAUGUCGUUUUCUUGUUCACUUUUUGUUAUCUAAUUGUGGCUUUUUUGAGCGUUUCACAAUCGUUGCUCUCAUCAGUAAUGUCAACCGGUUUCUGCUCCUGUCUUGAAUAUUUUUUCUCUUCCAGCUUGAGAGCAUGCUUAUGAGUUUCUUUUGAUUUUGUCUUCUAUGAUUUCUCCUAACUUAAUUACUUUUUUUCCAUUUAGCUAUGGCGUGGACUUUUUACAAAACUUAAGGAAUGGAACGCAUUUAUGUUCGACUUUUGCAUGGAAAAAGCCGGGCCAUUUUACUUCGCGUGUGGAAUUGAUAACACAAAACCUCUUUUUCAUUCCAGUAAAUAUUUAAUAAAAGGGAAUAC